UAACCUAAAUGUUUACAUUUUGGCCUAACCUAAAAAAAUAUUUUUAUUUUUAAUGAAUAAUUUCUGAAUUUUGCACAUAAUAAACCAUAAAAUUAAUGGAUCUUGAACAUGAAGCUUUUUCAGAUCUUUGCGGGUUACCAACCGAUCCCCCUGACAUGCGAAUCAAUUGCGACCAAUGCCAGCGUCCUCUGAAGGUUUGUUACUGCAGCUCCUUACCAGAUCCACGUCUUUCUCCAAGAAGCAAAAUAAUUUUACUGCAGCACCCUGCUGAAGAAAAAAGAUGCCUUCGUACAGCCCCAAUGUUACAAUUAGGGUUACAACCGGGUAAAUGUUUGGUUUUUAAAGGAAAGAGGUUCCCUGGAUUACAUGAUGAACUGAUAUCUAUUUUACAAGCUUCUAAUACCUUAUUACUAUACCCUAGUCCUAAUUCAGAACCCCUUAAUGAAAUAAUUAGUGAAACUGUGCCUUUAAGUAGAUAUAAUAUAGUUAUUAUUGAUGGAACAUGGCCACAAGCAAAAGCAAUUUACACUUCCAGCCCUAUUCUUCAUAAUAUAAGGCAAAUAAAGUUACUCAAUAAUAAUACAAGUGAUUAUAUCAUAAGGACUCAACCUGCCGAUGGGUGUUUAAGUACAUUGGAAACUGGUGCUCAAUGUUUGUCAAUGUUAGAAGGAGAUCAGACUUAUGUGGACAAGCUUUUAGCUCCUUUAAAGUUAAUGUGUCAGUAUCAGUUAGAAAAUGGAGCGGUUUCGCAUCAAAGUAAAGAAUUCUUGAUAAAGAACAAUUCAUAUCCGAAACUCAUAGGUAAGAGGUUGAAUAAGGUUUUAAAAGAUGCCGAAAGGUUAAAGGAACAACAAAAGAGUUGAUGAAUGUGAUGUAGGGUUUGAUAUUGUAGAAAUUAACUAUAAAAUAAAGUUAGUAUAAGCCAUAAUAUAUUUGUAACCAUAAGUUAUAGUAUAUCUUGCUGCACCCUAGUCCCAAUUAAGAACCCCUUAAUGAAAUAGUCAAACUGUGCCUUUAAGUGAAUAUAAUAUUGUUAUUAUCGAUGGAACAUGGCCACAAGUAAAAGAAAUUAGCACUUUCAGCCCUAUUCCUCACAGUUUAAAGCAAAUAAUGUUAUGUAAUAACAAUAAAAGUGAUUUUAUCUUAAGGACUGAACCUGCCAAUGGGUGUUUAAGUACAUUGGAAUCUUGUGCUCAAUAUUUGUCAAAACUUAUAGGUAAGACAUUGUAUAAGGUUUUAAAAGAUGUUGAAAGGAACAGCAAAAAAUUGAUGAAUGUGAUGUAGGGUUAGAUACUAGUAAAAUUUACUGUAAAAUAAAGCCAUAAUAUAAUGAAUUUGUAUUCAUGUCAUAGUAAA